AUGGAUGGUUUUAGAGAAUUUCAACGCCAAAGUUUACAACAACUGCGUCCAGAUUUUUUCGAUCAAGAUAAUGACAAUGAAUGCGAAAGGGCUAUCAAGAUAUUUGAAUCGAUGGAAGUUCCAAAGAAUACUGAAUUUUAUUGGGCAUGCAUUCAAGCAUUCAAAGAUGACAGAUUUUGGCGAAAAUAUUUCAUUGAUAGAGCUGACAACAGUAGUGAAGAUAAGCUACAGUUUUUGCAAGCUCUAACUGGAUAUACACGAGACAGCGAGUUUGUUGGAAAGCGGUUAGCCUCGGGUCAGAAUUCUGGAAACCCAAAUUUAAGUGGUAGUUUUUCUGGUAGUCCAUCUUCCGGUGGAAACAAUUCAUGGGGUCGAACUUCAGGUGGACCAUUGGGCAACGUUUCUCAGCAAUGGGGUACACCUCCAAAUGUUCAGCAAUGGGGUUCAUCAUCAAAUGUUCCACAAUGGGGUACACCUCCAAAUGCUCCGCAAUGGGGUUCAUCAUCAAAUGUUCCACAAUGGGGUACACCUCCAAAUGCUCCGCAAUGGGGUUCAUCCUCAAAUGGUCCACAAUGGGGUUCAUCAUCAAAUGUUCCAUGGGGUACACCUCCAAAUGCUCAGCAAUGGGGCUCAUCACCAAAUGUUCCACAGUGGGGUACACCUCCAAAUGCUCAGCAAUGGGGUUCAUCAUCAAAUGUUCAACAAUGGGGUUCAUCAUCAAAUAUUCCACAAUGGGGUACACCUCCAAAUAUUCAACGUGGAUUUUCAGUGGGACCAGAAGCUGAAACAAAUAUGAAUAAUCAACAAAGAGAUUCUCUGGAAGCAGAAGGUCGCAUAUCAGCUAACCUUCAUAUGAGAGUAUCACCAGAAUUCGGUUUCACAAAUUAUUCUUCAGAAGCGCAAAUUCCAAGAUCCCGCAGAAGAGGAGGAUUAUUCAAUAUCUGGGGAAAGAAACAAGGACCAAAUUUAAAUGAAAGUCAUCAAAGUGAAUCUGAAGAUGAAGAUUAGUUUCGUAUUGUUUGCUAUUAAUAAUUAUGUUAUGUUUCAUUUUAUGUUUUCGUCAUAUCUAUUAAGUAUUAUAAAGAACUUCUCAAUUUGAUUUUAGUUAUUUUUUGUGCUUAAAAGUUUAUUUAA